AUGCCUUCACCCGCGCCGACAGGCCGUCGCCUCUUACCCAAGCCCGGCACCCCGGACCAGAGUGAUACCGCAACGGAUGAACUUGCGCCUGCGUCCAAGAAAGCCAAACCCAACCCGACGCUGAUCGCCUGCGACGCAUGUCGCGCAAGAAAAAUCAAGUGCGAUGGCCUGAAGCCGUCCUGCUCUCAGUGCCUUGACCGGAAAGCGGCGUGUCAAUACCGCACGCGCGUUCGGGCCGAAACUCUCCACCAGGAGGCCCUCGAGCUGCGAAAGACGUCGCAAGGCCUGUUCCAAGUCCUGGAGCUGUUGAGGACGGCGCCGGAAGAUGCCGCCAUUGACUUUCUGCGCGUUCUCCGCGAUGAACCUUCAGUAUUCGACUUCACCUCGUCGCCGUCUCUUGCCAGUUGGGAAGCAGCCAGAUCCCUGGCCCUCGCUCGGUCCCCGAGUCUUGCCAAAUCUCCUGCGCCUAUCGAUUUUGAAACUGAACUAGGCAACCAGUUUCCUGGCGCAUUCCCUCCUCUGAAGCCCUUGGCCCUUGCAGAUGUCAACCUGCGCCUUCUCCAUGCCAGCCCUAUUACGAUCGCAGACCGCACCAGACAUAACAGGAAGCGGCGUCGGUCUGUUGACGGCUCACGAGGCCGACCUCUACCCAGCGCUGAUUCUCUACCGCAGUCGACAACUGGUGCAAGCAAGCGAUAUGUUGACUAUCGUCUUGAACAUCUGAAUGUUCAGCCCUGGACGUCGGUGCCAGUCUCAGACACACUCGCAGCAAGAGCACUGUCAUUUUACCUUAGCAAUGAACAUCCCUUGCUAGGGGUCUUUGAUCCCGACCUUGUCAUCAGAGAUCUAGUUCGUGGAAGUGGUCGUUUCUGCUCGCCUCUCCUUUUUAGCGCGUUGAUGGCCUGGGCUUUUUCCACAUAUGCACAGUUUGACGACAGAGGAGCGCUGUUGUCUGUCCAAUUCUUCGAGGAAGCCAAACACCGCUGGACACGAGAACAGUGUCAAGACUCCAUCGCAGCUGUUUCGGCAGGAAUACUGCUGACCUUGACUUGCAAUCAUCAUGCUAAUGAUCGGGAUGGUCUGUUAUACCUCGAUGCCAGCGCCGAGAUGGGCCUCCGACUUGGGCUUUUCAACGCCUCUCACGUUGCGAUAUCAGAGCAAAACGACGACGAAGAGUACAGAUCGGCUGCAUGCUAUGCUGCCUGGGGGAUUUUUGGAUGGCAUACUUUGCAUUGUAUAUACUUUCGACGACACCAUCGUAUCGAGACCCCUCCCGCGUCUCCAAUUCCCGGAGACAUGGCCGACAGCGGUCAGAUGAGCCCCAAGCUGCCCGACUAUAUGGGCAGCACAUUCACCUGGGUCGCCAAGUUUUGGGUGAUUGUGCACGAGUUCUUUGGCAAAGGUCUCUUAGAUCUCGAGGAGACCAAUUUUGAAAGAGCCGAAUUGGCAUAUCAAAGGCUCUUGGAUUGGUCGCACGGACUACCAGAGACGGUUAGAAGGACAGAUGGCUGCUCACACCACGUCUUAAUAUUACAUGCCUGGUAUCACACAGUGAUUAUGCACAUAUGGCGGCCGUUCAUAGAGGCGCGCCAGCGAAACGGCUUGCCACCACCUACCUCAGUCACUUUGGGAGAUCGACCUGCGAUAGCUUACAGGGCAUCCGUCAACCAGCUAAAGAGAAUUCUGCUGUCAUACCGGGAGCGGUUCGAGACCACUCACCUCACCAUGCUCAUCACGCCGGGCUAUCUCUACAUGCUGAACGAAGUGUUCCGGGACAGCGACUCUCCCGAGGCGCACUUCUACUUCCUGCUCUCCAUGCGCGGGCUGCUGUCCAUUGCGCCCUGGUGCCAGGGCCUGAGCGGCAUCGCAAAGGCAUUCUUCAGCCUGGGUUGGCGCAACGGCGUGUUUCGCCGCCACGGCUGGGCCGACAACCUGAUCGAGGAUGUCAAGCUCGCCACGGUCGAUACAAAGUACAGCAGCCUCUACCCCAUUGAUCUAUCGCAGGCAGAUGACGACACGGGGAGGGGCAACAUGGAAACCCUAGCGAGCGAGUUCCAAAAUCUCGUGCUUGCUUCUCAUGAUGCGGAUCACGCGGAUGGACUGGAAAGCGAUGCUGGCGAUCAGGUCCCGAUAUGGAAGGGCGAUCCCCGCGAUCUGGAUUUGUCGCUGAGCCAAGCCACGAAAGAGGAACCUUACUGCCGACACCGCAUUCAAUUCCCGAGUUGCUGGGCAGUGCAGCAACAAUCCCGACGAGCAAGAAUGAGCAACCCGACUUUCUCGAGGGAUCAAUUGGCGCGGUACUUUGACCACAUCAACCUCCCAACCCAAUAUCGCGACCAGCUCAUCGGCGCCGGUCCCGGCCGCCAUGCGGCCCCCCUCGACAUCGCCGCGCUCACUGCCCUCCACACCCACCAGAUCGCGGCGAUUCCCUACGAAAAUCUGAGCCUACACUAUUCCAGAGACAAGAUCAUCAGCCUGGACCCGCAGGAGCUGUAUACCAAGUUCGUCGCCAACGGGCGCAACCGCGGCGGCUACUGUAUGGAGGGCUCGCUCUUCUUCCUCCACGUCCUCCGCAGCCUGGGCUUCCACGCCUUCCCGACCGGCGUCCGCAUCCGGCUGCGCGAGGACGGCGUCCCCAAGGGCGACUACGUCGGGCUGGUGCACCUCGUGCUCGUCGUCGAGCUGCCGGGCGCUCCCGACGGCGGCGGGCAGCAGCAGCAGCGAGACAGGUACGUCUGCGACGUGGCGUUUGGCGGCGACGGCCCCACCGCGCCGCUCCCCCUCGUGCACGGGCGGGUCACCCGGAACCUGGGCGCGCAAGAGGUGCGCUACGUGCACGACCACAUCCCGCAGUACCGCAACUCGGAGGCGCAAGUGUGGAAUUCCUUUUACUGCUUCGACCCCGAGACCGAGUUCCUCGAGGCGGACUUCCAGAUCAUGAACUACUACACGAGUUCUGGCCAGACGUUUCAGCGCAAGAUGACGCUGAUUGUCAAGUUUCUACUCGAGGGCGAGAGAAAGAGCGCCGAGGAGGGCAAGAUCAGUAAUGAGGGGCAGAGCAGCGAUGGAGGAGACAGGAAGAUCGUGGGCAAACUAAUGCUCGUCAACGGCAUCGUGAAGCGGAACAUGGGCGGCAGGACCGAGGUGGUCCAGGAGUGCCGAACAGAGCCUGAGCGUAUCGAGGCUUUGCGGAGAUGGUUUGGGAUCACGCUCACUCAAGAGGAGAUUGAGGGCAUUGCGGGAGAGGUUACCGAGUUGAAGGAUGUGGAAACCAUUGUCGCCUAG